ACAUGGAGCGUUCAUGGAGGCAACUACUUGCUGAUGUGGAGUUCUACAUGUAAAAUUGUUGAUUUGUAGAUGAGACGCGUGUACAUAUCUCUCCUGCUUCCGCGCGUACGGACAAACAACAAACAUUUUCUUCAAAUCACCAAAAGAAAAACGAAGAUGAAAAUAGAGGCAUUCGUGACAGUCGUUUCGUAUCUGGUGUCGUCCAUGCCUCUCAUUCAUGGCCAAUUCGUUCUUGCCCAAAUACCCCCAUUCCCCUCUUAGCCUCGCCCUCUCCUGAUACGACAUGCAUAAUCCUUGUUAAACUAUGGACGUUAUUGGACAAAAUUUAUAGAAAUCAAUCGAAAUUGGACAUUCAAUUACGAAUGUCUUAUUAUGCAGAUUUUCGGUGUUGUAGAUUUGAUCGGUUUCUUAUUGGUGGUGGUUUUCGGUGAUUGAUUUUGUCGGAAAAGGAGGUUGAGAGGGCAAUUUGAUUUAAUUUUUUUUCCUGGGUUUGCAAAAUAUUGUGAACUUUGGGUUUGGGAAGAAGGAGAUGUCUAGAUUUGAGGGGGUUCGUGUUUCUGAUCAAUGGCUCCAGAACCAGUUCUCACAAGCUCAACUUCGUAGCCUUAAAUCCAAGUUUAUACAUUUGAAGAAGGAAAAUGGUCAAGUUACUGCUGUUGACUUGCCACCCGUGCUUGUAAAAUUGAAGCCCUUCAAUGUGAUCUUCAAGGAGGAGGAAAUAAGGGAUAUAUUGUGUGAGCCUGGUAGCGAUGAGGGCAACAAACUUGACUUCGAAGGGUUUCUCAGGGCUUACAUGAAUUUACAAACACAAGCUGCUAAAAAAUUGGGUAAUUCAAAGAAUGCAUCUUCAUUUCUUAAAGCAACAAACUCUACGCUACACACUGUGCAAAAUUCAGAGAAAGAAGUUUAUGUUGCUCAUAUCAAUAGCUAUCUCAGAGAAGACAAAUUUUUGAAGCAGUUUCUUCCUAUUGAUGCAUCCACCAAUGCUUUGUUUGAUCUUGUAAAAGAUGGAGUUCUUCUAUGUAAACUUAUCAAUGUUGCUGUGCCCAAUACAAUAGAUGAUCGAGCAAUUAAUACCAAAAGAGAACUCAACCUUUGGGAAAGAAAUGAAAAUCAUACCCUUUGCCUUAACUCUGCAAAGGCUAUAGGUUGCACUGUAGUCAAUGUUGGCAGCCAGGAUCUAGCUGAGGGAAGACCUCAUUUGGUACUUGGCCUAAUUUCUCAAAUCAUAAAGAUACAACUCCUGGCUGAUCUUAACCUUAGAAAGACACCUCAGCUUCUGGAAUUGGUGGAUGAGGAUGAUGAUGUUGAGGAGCUCAUCACAUUAUCACCUGAGAAAAUAUUAUUGAAAUGGAUGAACUUUCAUCUUAAGAAAGCGGGCUACACAAAAACUGUAACAAAUUUCUCUGCAGAUAUAAAGGAUGGAGAAGCUUAUGCUUACCUGCUUAAUGUUCUUGCACCAGAACACAGCAGCCCUGGUGCAGUGGUUUCAAAUGAUCCUGCUGAACGGGCCAAACUGGUACUGGAGCAUGCCGAGAGGAUGAAAUGCAAAAGAUACUUGACUCCAAAGGAUAUUCUUGACGGCUCAACCAAUUUAAAUCUUGCCUUUGUUGCACAACUCUUUCAUGAAAGGAAUGGUCUAUCAAAUGAUAGCAGCAAGAGCAAGGUCUGUUAUGCUGAGAUGAUGAAUGAUGAUGAGCAAGUCUCCAGGGAAGAGAGAUGUUUCAGACUCUGGAUUAAUAGUCUUGGAAUUUCUACCUAUAUUAAUAACGUCUUCGAGGAUCUCAGAAAUGGCUGGAUUCUUCUAGAAAUCCUAGAUAAGAUUUCUCCAGGAUCGGUCAAUUGGAGGCACACAACUAAACCGCCUAUCAAGAUGCCAUUUAGAAAAGUUGAGAAUUGCAAUCAAGCUGUUAGGAUUGGAAAACAAUUAAAAUUCUCACUCGUCAACGUAUCAGGAAUCGACAUUGUACAAGGGAAUAAGAAGCUCAUACUUGCUUUCUUAUGGCAACUGAUGAGGUUUAAUAUGCUUCAACUUUUAAAGCACUUGAGAUCUCGAUCCCAUGAGAUAACAGAUGGUUAUAUACAGAGGUGGGCUAAUAGAAAAGUCAAAUCCACAGGCAGAACCUCCCAAAUGGAGAGUUUUAAGGAUAAAAGCCUUUCAAAUGGGAUAUUCUUCCUUGAGCUUCUAACUUCUGUAGAGCCUAGGGUUGUCAAUUGGAACCUUGUAACCAAGGGUGUAAGUGAUGACGAGAAGAAGUUAAAUGCAACUUAUAUCAUUAGUGUUGCACGAAAGCUUGGUUGUUGUAUCUUCUUGUUGCCUGAAGACAUCAUGGAGGUGAAUCAAAAAAUGAUGCUUAUGUUGACAGCAAGCAUUAUGUACUUUUACCUUCAACAAUGUGAUGAAGAGACAGAAUCAACUCCAUCAUCAGUUGCAGUCACACCAGAAGCUUCCCCAGCCACUUCUUUUUACGGGGAUGAUGGUAUUGGUGGUGCGUUUAGUGGAGACUAUUUCAACAUGUCUAUGGAUGAUGCAGCCUCAGAUACCACUUGUGCUUCCAAUCUUGAAGACAUCACUUCACUGUAAUCUUUAAAACCUUCUUUCUUUUUAUAUACAUAAAUAAAUAUAAUAGUAUAAAUUUUCUA